AUGACGAAGAAGAAUUCGAAAAAUACUCAUGCGGCUGCAGCCCCCGUGCCCGCUCUUGAGGUGCAAUUCUGGAACUGUUUGAAGAAGGGCGAUGUUGAGGGUCUAGGAGAGGUCCUGCUGGUGCGUACCGAAGACAAAGAAACCGGCGCUGUGAAAUUGGCUGUCAAUCGAGAAGUCGCCCGCUCACUUGUGAACAGUCCUAAUGCGAAGAAGAUGCUCCCGCUGUCGUAUGCGGUGAGCCAGAGGAUGGAGGAGGAAGGGCUGCACCUGUUGCUACGCGCUGGCGCCAAUGUGGACGCCGUAGAUGGCUCCUCGGAACGCUCCACUGCCCUUCACGCAGCCUGCUGGGGGGAAGACGAUAUUGCGGUGGCGCUGUUACUGCGUUGUGGUGCAAGCCCUCUGGUUACUGACGCUGAGGGUCGAACACCGCUGCAUGUGCUUGCCUCACUCAAUGCUGCAGCUUUGUUUUUGUAUGUUCUGGAGGCCGCUACCAAUUUCAAGGAGGAUUCACAAGAGGGACUUCUCUGCUUGGAGAAUCGCUCUCCUGUUCUUGUGUCAGCGUUUGAGCUUCUUGGCAAGAAAGACAUUUCUCACUUUACAGUGUUGCACACCGCCGUGUCGGAUAUCAACGGCGGGUCGGAUCGGGUCUUGGUGGAUCUUUUGGAUUUCUUGACAAAGAUGGCGAACACACAACCAGCCGAGGUGGAGACUCUCGUCAACAUGAAGACGGACUCGGAGGGCACGGCGCUACAUUUGCUCCUGUCGUGCCCAAAUCUCAACGAGGGUGUGAUCACUCGAGCAACAGAACGUCUGCUGCAGCUCGGUGCGAAUCCAGCUGCGAUGGACAAAUGGGGCCAUAACCCUUUUUCUACUCUUCUUAUGACUCACUCAGGUGCUGCCGCGGCGAAUGUGUUGCGGGUGCUCCUGAAUGCAAUGCAAAAGAGGGGAGAAAAGGGGCAGCUGGAGGAGGUGUUUCUACACCACGACGUUGAGAAUGGAUUUGCACUUAUUCACCAUGCCAUCGCCUCGCAAAAUGCGGACGCCGUGAAAGUCAUGGUAGAGUUUCUUCAAUGUGCGGAUGGGGCUGAUGGAGUGCAAAAAAUUCGGCAAUGGCUUGGUGAGGUGCUCACAAGGGAAGGUGUACAUGUGACUUUUAUGUUGGCAGAGAGUGCAUGUGAUGAAAUUGCUCAGAUCCUAAUUAAUGUCCAUGCUAUUGAUGAGGCGGCGUAUAGACGUUGCAAGGAGGAGUGCGAAAAGCAGAGGGAGAAAGAGGAGAGAGAACGUGAACAGCGUGCCAAAGAAGGGGAGGGGGAAAGCGAGGAUGAGGGUGAAGAUCAUGAUGCUGAAAGAAGCACAGGAGACUAUUCGGGUUUUGGGGCCACAGCAAAUGUGGGAUCACGCGUGCAGCAGGCACGAAAGGCAAGAGCCCAGGCAAUGAUUCAGAGAAGGAAACAAGUCAAAAAAACAGUUGAUGAAGGAGACGUGGAAGGUUUUGCGUUGAACAGGAACUCGAGGUCGUUCUGGCUCUUUGUGGCAGCGGCAUUUUUGGUCUUUUCACUCUUGUUGAGAGUCUACGGUGUGCUGCGAGAUGGCCUGAAGAAAAAAUCACACCAUAAAUGA